AUGACAGGCUCAACCUCUUACCUCGAUGCGCUUCAGCGGGAUGGCUUCGUCGUCAUCCCCUCGCUCCUCACCGCAGAAGAAGUCGAGCACUUCCGCGCCAUCGCUACAGAAGCAACAACCCUCGCCCGCACCGGCCAAUGGCCUCACUUCCGCACCGUCCCCAAGCAGUUCCCGCCCUGGCCCAAAACCGCACCCCCGGCCUCCGAAGGCGGCAUCUGGGGUGUCCAGCACCUCCUGCACCCGCAGAUGCCCAACCGCACCGAAUUUGCCCGGUUCUAUUUCUCGGAGAAGGUGCUAGCAGUCGCGGAGGAGCUACUCGGAGUAAAAGGCACGUCAACCGAGGCUACAGAGCCACUGGUGAUGGAGCUAUUCAAUCUGCUUGUCGCGCCGGAAACGAAGGACUUCGAGCUCCGCUGGCACCGCGAUGAUAUUCCCGAGACGGUGUCGCCGGAGGAGGAGAUGCGGUUGCUGCAGGCCAAGAGCCCGCAGGGUCGGCAGUCGCAUGGGCAGUAUAAUCUGGCGCUGUGUCCGGAUUCCUCGCUGAUUGUGGUCCCCGGGUCGCAUCGGCGGGUGCGUACGGAGACGGAGCGCAGUGCCGGGCCGUAUGAGCCUGAGUUGCCGGGUCAGUUGGUGGUGGAGCUUCGACCGGGGGAUGCGGUGUUCUAUGAUAGUAAUAUUCUCCAUCGGGGAGUGUACAAGGCGAAGUCCCAGGAGGGUGAGGAAACGAGGCUGACGCUGCAUGGGAGCAUUGGGCUGAAGGUGUCGGCGUCAGGGUCCGACGCGGACGAGAAGGUUCGGGCUACUGCGGUACUGCAGCACGGUGUUGGUUCGUGGGUUCACCAUGAGGAUGCUGCGUUUGGUAUUGGCGAGCGAGCAGAGAAGAUGAGGGCGAACUUGAUAGCGCUCGGGACAGGUGAGGGCGUCGGAUAUUCUCUACAGGGCUAG